UGUCACCCAGUGACCCAGACACGCUAAAUAUAACUCUUGAAUGUACACGCUGGGUUGACACCCUAUAUAUUUGUGCAUUUCUCGUUUUCUCUCGAACGUUUUAAUCUUCUCAAAAUGUCACUUAGAUCUCUCACCCUUAAACCCAAAACCCUCCACUCUUUCUUCAACUCUCUUCUCCGACCCACCAAACCCAACACUCCCUUCCACCCUUUCUCAUCUCUCACCCACCAAAACCCACCAUCUCCACAAUUACCUCACCUGGUUAACGAAAUCUCACGCAUUCUCAGCGACCACAGAAACCCUCACCACGACUUGGAGCUUUCCCUCAACUCUUGGUCCACCCAAAUAUCCCCAAACUUGGUUGAACAGGUUCUGCAACGCUGCAAAAAUCUUGGGUUUUCAGCCCACAGAUUCUUUCUCUGGGCUAAAACAAUUCCGGGUUUUCAACACAGUGGUGAAAGCCAUCACAUUUUGAUUGAUAUCUUGGGGAGUAGUGGUCAGUUUGCUCUGUUGUGGGAUUUUCUCAUUGAAAUGAGAGAGUCCAAGUGUUGUGAGAUUAGCCCAGAAUUGUUCUGGGUUAUUUUUAGAGUUUACAGUAGAGCUAAUUUGCCUCGUGAUGCGAUUCGAGCUUUUAAUAGAAUGGUUGAGUUUGGAAUUAAGCCUAGUGUGCAUGAUCUUGAUCAGCUUCUCUAUACAUUAUGUAAAAGAAAGCAUGUCAAGCAUGCCCAGGAGUUUUUUGAUAAAGUCAAGAGUGGGUUUGAGUUGGGUGCUAAAACUCAUAGCAUUUUGAUGAGGGGUUGGGGAGACAUAUGUGAUUCGGAUAAUGCACGCAAGCUGUUCGAUGAAAUGACUGAAAGAGGGUGUUUGGUGGAUGUGCCUGCAUAUAAUAGUUGUUUGGAGGCUUUGUGUAAAGGUGGGAAUGUGGAUGAGGCUUAUAAGAUAUUUCGGGCGAUGGGUUCAAAAGGAGUUGAGCCAGAUGCUGGUACAUACUCGAUUUUCAUUCGGGCAUAUUGUGAAGCGAAUGAUAUUCAUUCGGUUUUUAGCGUGCUUGAUAGGAUGAAGAGACAUAAUCUUUUGCCUAAUGUGUAUUCUUACAAUUGUAUCAUCAAGAAGCUGUGUAAGAAUGAAAAGGUGGAAGAGGCGUACCAACUUUUGGAUGAAAUGAUUGAAAUGGGAGUUAAGCCGGAUGAAUGGAGUUCCAACGCAAUCCAAGCUUAUCAUUGUGACCAUUGUGAAGUUAAUCAGGCUCUUAGGUUGUUAUCUAGAAUGGAAAAAGAUAACUGCAUGCCAGAUCGGCAUACCUACAAUAUGGUACUAAAGUUGCUGACCAGGAUCGGAAGAUUUGAUAGGGCAACUGAAGUGUGGGAGAGUAUGGGGAGGAGAGGCUUUUAUCCUUCUGUUUCAACAUAUUCUGUCAUGAUUCAUGGUUUGUGCAAAAAGAAACACAAACUAGAGGAGGCAUGUAAAUACUUUGAGAUAAUGAUUGAUGAAGGUAUACCGCCAUACUCUUCUACUGUGGAGAUGUUGAGAAACCGGCUUUUGGGUUUGGGGCUACUUGAUGACAUUGAAAUACUUGCUAGUAAGAUGGAGCAAAGCACUUCUUGCUCAAUACAAGAGUUCGCAAAAGUGCUGAGAGGGAACAAAGCUUCUGUAAGAUCAAGAAGUGAGUACACUGACAUUGAAAGUGAUUGAUAUGGUGCAACUAUCCAAGACUGGCGGGUCUGGUUGAAGCAGUUAAUUGAGUCUGAAGAGAGCUCUCGAUGAAUUCUCAGGUGGCGUGAAACCAGCACUUGAAGAAGCAAAUUAUGGGUACAGAUGCCUCUGUUCGUAAGUAAUCUGGUUACCAUUACUAGUUGUCUGCUGUGGGCAGUGCUGCUGUCAGUUUAUACGUUAUGAUGGGUUUUUGAUUCCAUCACAAAGGCAUCGAUUGUUAUUGCUUAUCCAUGAUAUUUGGCUGCGUGGUUUUCCAUCUGUAAUUGUGUGUGAUUUUAAUUCCCUGGGCAGUACUAAAAUUAGAUACUGUUAUAAAGUAGGAAGAAGAUGAAGAGAGAAUAGUUUGAGGAGAAGUAGAAGUGUUCUCAUUCAGUCUC